CAGCUGGCGCCAGGGCGGCCGGGGCUGCCGAGGGGCCGGAGCCGGGCGCGCCCGAGGCCGAGGCGCGCGCAGCCCCCCGCCCCUGCUCCGGGAGCCCGCGGCCUCGGACGCCGCGCGGGGCCGCCCGCCCGAAGCCCGCGCCCGCGCCCCCUCUCCGCCUCCCUCCCUCCAGUCCCGCUCCGCGCGCGGCCGCCGCCGCCCGCGCCCCGCCGCGGCCAUGGAAGUGGCGCCCGAGCAGCCGCGCUGGAUGGCGCACCCCGCCGUGCUGAACGCGCAGCACCCCGACUCGCACCACCCGGGGCUGGCGCACAACUACAUGGAGCCGGCGCCGCUGCUGCCCCCCGACGAGGUGGACGUCUUCUUCAACCACCUGGACUCGCCCGGGAACCCCUACUAUGCCAACCCGGCCCACGCCCGCGCGCGCGUCUCCUACGGCCCCGCGCACGCGCGUCUCACUGGAGGUCAGAUGUGCCGGCCACACUUGUUGCACAGCCCCGGCUUGCCCUGGCUGGACGGGGGCAAAGCCGCCCUCUCGGCCGCGCACCACCACAACCCUUGGACCGUGAGCCCCUUCUCCAAGACGCUGCACCCAUCAGCCGCCGGGGGCCCCGGGGGGCCCGGGGGCCCCUUGUCCGUGUACCCCGCCACUGCGGGUGGCAGUGGCUCAGGCAGCGGGGGCUCCGUGGCCUCGCUCACCCCGGCUGCGGCCCACUCUGGCUCCCACCUUUUCGGCUUCCCGCCCACACCUCCCAAAGAGGUAUCCCCAGACCCCAGCACGGGGGCGGCCUCCCCAGCCUCCUCCUCUGCGGGGGGCAGCGCCGCCCGGGCAGAGGACAAGGACGCUGUCAAGUACCAAGUGGCUCUGCCUGAGAGCAUGAAGAUGGAAGGCGGCAGCCCCCUGCGUCCAGGCCUGGCCACCAUGGGGGCCCAGCCGGCCACUCACCACCCCAUCCCCACCUACCCAUCCUACGUGCCCGCCGCGGCGGCACACGACUAUGGCGGCGGACUCUUCCACCCUGGAGGCUUCCUGGGCGGCCCGGCCUCCAGCUUCACCCCCAAGCAGCGCAGCAAGGCCCGCUCUUGCUCAGAGGGCCGGGAGUGCGUCAACUGUGGGGCCACGGCCACCCCUCUCUGGCGGCGGGACGGCACUGGCCACUACCUGUGCAAUGCCUGCGGGCUGUACCACAAGAUGAACGGGCAGAACCGGCCCCUGAUCAAGCCCAAGCGGAGACUGUCGGCUGCCCGGAGAGCGGGCACCUGUUGUGCAAAUUGUCAGACUACUACCACCACCUUAUGGCGCCGGAAUGCCAACGGGGACCCUGUCUGCAAUGCCUGUGGCCUCUACUACAAGCUGCACAAUGUUAACAGGCCGCUGACCAUGAAGAAGGAAGGGAUUCAGACUCGGAACCGGAAGAUGUCCAAUAAGUCCAAGAAGAGCAAGAAGGGGGCCGAGUGCUUCGAGGAGCUGUCUAAGUGCAUGCAGGAGAAGUCCUCCCCCUUCAGCGCAGCCGCCCUGGCUGGACACAUGGCACCGGUGGGCCACCUCCCGCCCUUCAGCCACUCGGGACACAUCCUGCCCACGCCCACACCCAUCCAUCCCUCCUCCAGCCUCUCUUUUGGCCAUCCUCACCCGACGAGCAUGGUGACCGCCAUGGGCUAGGCAUAGGCUUCCGUUGGACAGACGGGCAGAUGUCCAGGCGGGAGUCGGGCGCCUCCCAGGAAGGGUGGGCCAAGCCUUUGCCGCCCACCCUUCCCCAGAGACCAGUGCAGCGCCCGCCGGCCUGGCCGGAGCCCGAAGCCACGCCACCAAGGGCUCCCUUGGCCUGCCGCCAUUACUGUGAAUAUUCUCCGGGCCGAGGCUGCCGCCCACCUGAGUCCAGCUCUCCUUCGUGGAGGACUGGGGAGCGAAAAGGACAGCUCUCUAGUGAGAAAGGAGGGGGACAGACAAAUGGAAGCCUUUUUGGAAGGAAAAAAAGAAGUAAGCAAAAGUAAUUUAUUUUGCUCUUGUUUCCAGGGACCUAGAGGAUCGGGCCGGGCUAUGUUCUCUGGGUGUUUCCUUGGGGCCAACUCGCCCUGUGACCCGUUGCCCGCCGGGGCCCUGGGGGCAGAGCUGAGGAGGCCUGGGCAGAGCCUCUCCCUCCCGACAGCCACGGUCCAGGCUGGGCUCGGCCCGGCCGCCAGGCCCCGCAAGCCAGCGCUGGGCUGGCCUUGCCUCUGGCCCUGGAGGGCAGAGACAAUUGCAGGCGGUCCGGCACAGAUUCCCAGGCCGGGGCUGGGUCACAGGAAGGAAACAGCAUUUUCUUGAAAGGGGAAAUGUCUCCCAGCUCGCUCCCUUGGAUUUGAGGCUGGAGCGAGCGUGACCUGUGCGUCCCCAGCAGGCCCACACCACGGCCUGCGCCCUCUUCCAGGGGGACCCUGUAAAUACGUCCUUCUUCUGCGAACCCUUCGGCCCUCCCCCCGCCCUGAGACAGAUAGGAAAAUAUCAGAAGCCAAACAAAAACUGCAUAAGCUUAACUCACAGAUGAGUUGUUUUAUUUUUAAAUUCUUUGGGUCUAGUCCUUUGUACAUUGCCACAGAAGUCUCACUAGGGAAAGGAAUCAAACCUGCCCUCUGAGGUUGGAGCUUAGCAAUGACUUUUUUUUAAGUUCUUGGAUCCCGCAGCCCCGCCCGGAGAGCCAGGGGCAGCAGGACCUGGUGCUCUGGGUUUGUGGAGCCGGCAGGCCACCGAGGCCAGCCCAGCAGGUGGAGGCUCCGCCCGUCGGGACCAGGGCGGAGGGAGGCUCUGUGUGGCUGCCUGGAUCCUGCAAGGUACAGCUGUACAUAAACAUGUCCCAAGCUUCGGUUCUGCGUGGUUUGCGGGGUGGCGGGCGGGCGGGCAGGAGGGCUCCUGACCAGGAGGCAGCGGUGCCUCUCCCUCCCCCGGUGCUGCAGCCCACCCUGGCCAGAAGUAACUUAUUUUGUACUAGUAUCUGCAUAGGAGAAAGAACCAGCAGUAUUUUCUGUUUUUGUUUUAUUGGGCCUGUUUUAUUUUGGAUUAGUAAACUAAGUUAUUGUUAAUUAUGUACAACAUUUAUAUAUUGUCUGUAUAAAUUGUAUGCUAUUCUCCUAUUCCUUUAAAGUGAAUACUGUUAAGAAUAAUAAAAAUACUUUUUGUGAA